UUUGCCUGCGGAAGCAGAGUCUUGUCACUGACAGAGGGGAUGGAGUCUCAAAACAGUGCUGGUCUCUCUACAGGGGGCAACUCUUUUUAUUAUUUUGCUUAUGGGAGCAACCUGCUAAAAGAGCGGAUCCUUCUCAGCAACCCCUCGGCUUCCUUCCACUCUGUAGCCAAGCUGCAGAACUUCAAGCUUGCGUUUGGCAGCCAUCAAGGAAACAAAAAUUCUCGGUGGCACGGUGGAGUGGCUACUGUGGUUGAGAGCGAUGGAGAUGAAGUCUGGGGAGUUGUGUGGAAAAUGGACAUUAGCAGUUUGGAUUCUCUGAAUAUACAGGAGGGGGUGCAUAUUGGCAUUUAUAAACCCAUUGAGAUCAGUGUCCAGACAGCAGAAGGAGACCUCAUAUGUCGAUGUUAUCAAAUGAAAAAAUGUGUUUAUGGACUUAUGUCCCCCCAAUACAAGCAGGUGAUGUGCAUGGGAGCCAAACAGAAUGACUUGCCAGCAGAAUACCAGAAGAUGCUGGAAGAUUUACAAACAAACAAUUACUCAGGUCCUAUGCCCAUCAUGAAGGAGAUAGAAGAUGCAAUCAAGAAAAUGCAACAAGACUGUUCAUUUCAUUGAAAUUCCACUAAAGAAACAUUAUUGUCUUCCUACCUGAGAAACUCUAGGGCUGAAUCUAAAUGAAGGAAAAUCAUUUAUCAAUUUAUUUUAAAAAGGAAACAAAGAAAACCAUGUUUACCUAACUGACCCACGGGUUCUAAUCAGUAUGACUAGCGUUUUGUAAGAAAAUCUCAGAGCAACAUAGAGAGAGACCUUUUUUGAUUUUGUUUAGGAGUAUAUCUAUUGUAAAUAGAUAUGAAUGGACUGAAUAAGAAUAUAUUAUAUAUUUACCACAUACUGCACUUAAAGGGACAUGAAAAAAACAUAUACUCCGAUUCUUUAGAGCAUGUCAUUUUUGAGCUACUGACCUUGGAACACUCUGUGUUUUAACCCUUAAUAAAGGGCUUAAACACACAGGUAAAAUUCCACUUUGGAGCCACAGAGAACUUACGGUCCUGAGCAGGAAACAGUCGGUGAGCCAUGCAGCAGAAGUCAUACUACCCGACUAAUUAUUAGCUGCUUUCACUUAAGCAGCUGCAAUGCUUGCAACUCCAGAGUGGGACUUUAUCUAUGUAAUUAACCCCUUUGCAAGGGUUUGACUCAAAGACAUCCUGUUUCAGUAGUGCCAGAAUGACAUGCUCUAACUAAUUGCAUGUCAUUUUUGCACUACGUUGUCCCUUAAGAUAGUGGGUGACAAAUUAUUCAUAAUAUUAAGCUAUUUUUUUUAAAUAUUUAAAUAAUAUCAAAAUGACUGAAAUAUUUUGGAUAGAAAGGAAUAUGUCAAGUACUGGUUUAAUACCAGGACUGACUUAGUAUGGUACCAUAAACACCACUAGUAAGUCUGUGGCUUAUUUAUUUUACCUAAAUGCCUCCUGUCUUUUAUUCUACAUUUUUUACUUUUUUUUUUUUUUAAUUAAAGUUUAAGAUAUAUACACAGUCAUACAAUCAAUCCUCAUUUUUUGAGAAUGUAAAAAACAGAUGAAUAUGAGGUAAAGAACAAUAACCAAAUACUGUACAAGCAAUAAUAUUGUGGGUACCCAACUUUCCGUACCCUCUAAGAGUCCUCUCCUGGACCUGUAAAGGCAGUAAUGUUAAUAAGACAAAUAACCUUCCUAUAUUAGCAUUAAUUACUAUCUAUCAUUCUGAGUCGCUUGAAUAUACAGCACAAUGCAGUAAAGUUCUGCUCAACUAUCAAGGAACUGACAUUGCACUGUGCCUAAGCAAAUAGAGUGAAAAUAAACUUGAUUAAAGGCCUUUGUUUUAAUUCAAA